UACCCACUUCCGGUCCCUCUUCUUUUCUCCUCCGUGCGAGCCGCUUCCGGAAAGCGAGGGAGGGAAGAUUGUGGUGUCAUGAGCUGUUUUCUAAUUGGCCCGGGUAACUGACAUCGCCUUGCUCUGUCUCUCGCUCGCGCUUGUCCCUCUCCUUCCCCCCUCCCGGAAGAUUUCGCUGGAGCUGCUGCCUGCCUUACCUGGGCGCUUGCCUGCUCCUAUCCCGAUCACAGGCGAAGAGGGGCAGGUGGUGCUCGCGUGGAAGGGGGUGGAGAAGAUGCGGCUGGAAGGCUGAGCGCGGGAGCCGUGGAAGGCUGAGAGAAUUUCUGCCCGUGAUCCUGUUGUGCUGUCUCAUAACAACUGCAAGAGAAACUGAAGGUCAAGAGUGAAUAUAUGAAGGAAGACGUUGAGGAAUCUGCUGAAGAUGAGGCGACUGAAUCGGAAGAAGACUUUGAAUUUAAUGAAGGAGUUGGAUGCCUUUCCCAAAGUCCCUGAUAGCUACAUAGAGACUACAGCAAGUGGAGGAACAGUUUCUAUAAUAGCAUUUACAACUAUGGCUCUGUUAACCAUCAUGGAAUUUAUGGUAUAUCGAGAUACCUGGAUGAAAUAUGAAUAUGAAGUAGAUAAGGAUUUUACAAGUAAAUUAAGAAUCAAUAUAGAUAUUACUGUUGCAAUGAAGUGUCAAUAUAUUGGGGCCGACGUUUUAGAUUUGGCAGAAACAAUGGUUUCUUCUGCAGAUGGAUUAGUUUAUGAACCUGUCAUAUUUGAACUUAGUCCUUUGCAAAGAGAGUGGCAAAGGAUGCUACAAAUAAUUCAGAGUAGACUGCAGGAAGAACACUCCCUGCAAGACAUAAUAUUCAAAAGUGCUCUCAAAAGUACUUCAACGGCACUACCACCAAGGGAGGACAAGUCAUUGCAGUCUCCAGAUGCUUGCAGAAUUCAUGGACAGCUGUAUGUUAAUAAAGUUGCAGGGAACUUUCACAUAACUGUGGGCAAGGCAAUUCCCCAUCCGAGAGGCCAUGCACAUUUGGCAGCUCUUGUGAGCCAUGAAUCAUACAACUUCUCCCACAGAAUAGAUCACUUGUCUUUUGGGGAGCUCAUCACAGGUGUUAUUAAUCCUUUAGAUGGUACUGAAAAGAUUGCAUCAGAUCACAACCAGAUGUUCCAAUACUUUAUCACUGUUGUGCCAACAAAACUUCAUACAUAUAAAAUCACAGCAGAGACCCAUCAGUUUUCAGUAACAGAAAGGGAAAGAGUGAUCAACCAUGCAGCUGGAAGCCAUGGGGUGUCUGGGAUUUUCAUGAAAUAUGACAUCAGUUCUCUUAUGGUGACCGUGACAGAAGAACACAUGCCCUUCUGGCAGUUUCUAGUGAGACUUUGUGGCAUUGUUGGAGGGAUCUUUUCUACCACAGGAAUUUUACAUAGCAUUGGAAGUUUCAUAGUGGAAAUUAUCUGCUGUCGUUUCAGACUGGGAUUUUACAAAUCUACAUCUGUCACACCUCAAGAUGGCCACGUAAACAACCACGUACCUCUAAUGACAGAUGACUCUAUGCAUUAGCACCUUCUUCAGAAACUGUUUUCCUUUCUUUCUGCCUGCUGCAGAAGAUAUUUUUAUAACUAAACAUUGUGCAAUAUGUUAAGACAGUGCUGAGGGGCAGCAGAGAUAAUCAAGCCUUUUUUUAAAAAAACAACCACCACCACCCAACCAACUGUAUCUGUGUGACUUGUCUCUCCUUUUAAGAAUUCAGAAAGAAGCCAAGAAAUCUUCUUGAAUGAACAAGACUGUUUGUGGCUGUAAAUAUAGUUCACAGCAAGACUAAACUGUUCUGCAGAAACGGCAUUUGGCCCUUGAAAUAUCCAUUGAUAGCACUCCAGCUUCCAAGUUUUACAGAUUCUGCACAAAAACUAACGUGCAAAGGAGUGAAGUUGGGAGGGAUGUGUAUUUUUCAACAUGCAGCUUAGCAGGAGGACUAACAGAAGUAGCUUAAGAACUGAAGUUGUGUUAAUGCUGUCUUUUUAAAAAGUGACAUAAGAUGUAUUUCCCCCAUUACAUCUGUUGGCAUGUGAGUGUUGUAAUGGGAAUAUGGAAAUGGAACUUGAUGCACAUGAAAGGAAGCAAGCUAAAACAUGCUACUGAGAGUG